UGUAGGAGGGCUGUCCAGGGCCAGAUUGUACAAUGUGUCUCAGUGCCAGAGUAUGAGUGGAGAUAAUUACGGAGAAGUCAUACUCUCUCACACCCUCGGCUUUCUUGUUGUGUCCUUCAGCAAAACAGUGGAUUUAAAUCUCCUUGCACAAGCUUGAGAGCAACACAAUCUAUCAGGAAAGAAGGAAAGAAAAAAACCGAACCUGACAAAAAAGAAGAAAAAAAAUCAUGAAAACCAUCCAGCCAAAAAUGCACAAUUCUAUGUCUUGGGCAAUCUUCACGGGGCUGGCUGCUCUGUGUCUCUUCCAAGGAGUGCCCGUGCGCAGCGGAGAUGCCACCUUCCCCAAAGCUAUGGACAACGUGACGGUCCGGCAGGGGGAGAGCGCCACCCUCAGGUGCACUAUUGACAACCGGGUCACCCGGGUGGCCUGGCUAAACCGCAGCACCAUCCUCUAUGCUGGGAAUGACAAGUGGUGCCUGGAUCCUCGCGUGGUCCUCCUGAGCAACACCCAAACGCAGUACAGCAUCGAGAUCCAGAACGUGGAUGUGUAUGACGAGGGCCCUUACACCUGCUCGGUGCAGACAGACAACCACCCAAAGACCUCUAGGGUCCACCUCAUUGUGCAAGUAUCUCCCAAAAUUGUAGAGAUUUCUUCAGAUAUCUCCAUUAAUGAAGGGAACAAUAUCAGCCUCACCUGCAUAGCAACUGGUAGACCAGAGCCUACGGUUACUUGGAGACACAUCUCCCCCAAAGCGGUUGGCUUUGUGAGUGAAGACGAAUACUUGGAAAUUCAGGGCAUCACCCGGGAGCAGUCAGGGGACUACGAGUGCAGUGCCUCCAAUGACGUGGCCGCGCCCGUGGUACGGAGAGUAAAGGUCACCGUGAACUAUCCACCAUACAUUUCAGAAGCCAAGGGUACAGGUGUCCCCGUGGGACAAAAGGGGACACUGCAGUGUGAAGCCUCAGCAGUCCCCUCAGCAGAAUUCCAGUGGUACAAGGAUGACAAAAGACUGAUUGAAGGAAAGAAAGGGGUGAAAGUGGAAAACAGACCUUUCCUCUCAAAACUCAUCUUCUUCAAUGUCUCUGAACAUGACUAUGGGAACUACACUUGCGUGGCCUCCAACAAACUGGGCCACACCAAUGCCAGCAUCAUGCUAUUUGAACUAAAUGAGCCUACGAGCUCAACUUUGUUGCAAGAAGUGAAAACUACAGCCCUGACCCCUUGGAAAGGUCCAGGCGCCGUCAGCGAGGUGAGCAACGGCACGUUGAGGAGGGCAGGCUGCGUCUGGCUGCUGCCUCUUCUGGUCUUGCACCUGCUCCUCAAAUUUUGAUGUGAGUGCCACUUCCCCACCCGGGAAAGGCUGCCGCCACCACCACCACCAACACAACAGCAAUGGCAACACCGACAGCAACCAAUCAGAUAUAUACAAAUGAAAUUAGAAGAAACACAGCCUCAUGGGACAGAAAUUUGAGGGAGGGGAACAAAGAAUACUUUGGGGGGAAAAAAGUUUCAAAAAAGAAAUUGAAAAUUGCCUUGCAGAUAUUUAGGUAAAAUGGAGUUUUCUUUCUUUUCCCAAACGGGAAGAACACAGCACACCCGGCUUGGACCCACUGCAAGCUGCAUCGUGCAACCUCUCUGGUGCCAGUGUGGGCAAGGGCUCAGCCGCUCUGCCCACAGAGUGCCGCCACGUGGAAAACAUUCUGGAGCUGGCCAUCCCAAAUUCAAUCAGUCCAUAGAGACGAACAGAGUGAGACCUUCCGGCCCAAGCGUGGCGCUGCGGGCACUUUGGUAGACUGUGCCACCGCGGUGUGUGUUGUGAAACGUGAAAUAAAAAGACAGAGCAAGAAAGAAAAAGGAAACAAAA